AGCAGUUUCAUGUAGGAACUAUUUUCUAUCUAUCAAACUGUAGUGCUGUAUGAAACUGCUCACAACAAGGUCUGUGGAUUAUCUUGAAUAUUUGGGUCAUGAUUUCUGGAAAGAGACAUUGCUGUUGAGUUUCUGAAAGACAUUUUUUUGGGGCAGAUUGAACACUGCAGGCCAAUCUAGUUCUAUAUAUUGGAGAGAAGGCAGACAUCUCUACAGCCAAUAUCUCCAGCACUCAGCAACUAACAAGACUGCACUACAGGUAAAAUGUUGGGGUGAACUGUCUCUUUAAAUAUAACUAAUGCAGCAAAUAUUAAAAUAGACUUAUAAGACUUUAUUAAUCCCACACUGGGGAAAUCAGAAGAAAAGAAUAAAGGGAAGAGAACAAAGGAAAAAAUGAGUAAAGUGCUAAAUAGGAUAAAAAUAUGCUAAAAUACAAAUAAGAUCAAAUAAAGAUAAAUUAAUAUAAAAUCUGUCUUCACCUUUCACUCAUACAGAUAUUAUAUGUCCAUGACUGAUAGUUGCACAGGAUAUAUACUGCAUCACACACGCUGUGUCGUAUUUCUUCACUGUCAAUAUAUAGAAAUAUAUAACUGUUGUUGCAUACGUAACUCUAGAUGUUACCAGUGUAUUGAACUGAAAUAUACAAAAGCAUCCUUUCCAGUUGUUUUUGUCUUCAAUCACUGCACGCUGGAUUUGUCUGAUUUGCUUUAAUUUCACGUGAGUAAAUAAAAAAAUCCAGAGAUUUAGCUUGUGUUUCUCGUUCAGACGGCUGUGUGUUCAUGUUCACACUGUGGUUUCAGUCUGAGGUUUUCAGGUGAGAAAAACACUCGAAGUAGAGCCAACAGCAUACAGUCAGUGUCAGUGCUGCUUACCAACCUGAGCACGUGUGAUAUCUGCUGUUAUUAUAAAUGAAGUCUACAGUGAACUGGAUGUUUCAGUCAGAUUCUGUGGAGUCUGAAGUUUGUGUGACAGAAAAUCUUAAUAAACAGUUUCACCUAUAUUUGGUGUCUUCAGCAUGAAGCACUUCACAAAUGAAAAGCAGCACUUUGAGCUGUUUUUCUUGAACUGAACCUUAACCUUUUGAAUGUCAAAUCUUAAAAUGAGCUAAUUUCAUGCUUGAGGUCUCUUUUAUCUUCACAUGAAUACACACCUUGUUUCACUUCUGGGUUUUCCCUGUAAAGCUUUUGAAGUUAGAAGCGGAAAAUAACCAGUGAAAGGAAAUCAUAAAAAGCUUGAAAAAGCCUCCGUCUCUGCUGAUUUUUCCUCAAACACAGUCGACACAGGGACUAUGAACAUCAGCAACCAGCCAAAUGAGAAGAGACCUCUUUCACACUGACAGUGUAAGUUUGUUUUAUAAACUUUAAAGACAGAUCAUGUGCAUUUACUGUCAGUUUAGAGACAGCAGUGAAUGUAAUAUGGAUCAACUGUGUUUGCCUUGUUGUUCAUCAGCACAUUUUAAGUUACUGUAAAAGCUCUUUGAAGUGUCGGACUUGUGGAAACAAAAUAAUGAGGUUGCUGUGAAGCUACGGUCAGCAUCUUUUUCAAAGUUAAAAACUGAUGUCACGCAGCAUGUUACAUGUCAGGUUGAUCACUUGAUUAUCUGCUAACUGCAGCACGUUUAAUGGGAGCAGCUUCUCAGCACACUGACAUUUAAAGACUUUGUGGUGAUGAAAAACAGGCAACUUAAGUAGGGCACUGAAGUACUGACUCUAACGUUCAAAGUUUAUGCAUUUACCCAGAUACCACCAAACUAGGUCACUGGCCUCCUUAAGAUGUUUCAUUCUUACAGCAGAGAUCAUUCUAAUCAGAUGCGUCUCACAAGGCAAGCCAUCUGAGGAAGAUGUUACGAUGAAGAGAAAUGUGUCCUGAUAAGAAAACCUUAAAGCCAUUAAGAAGAAAAGCAGACGGCAUGAAAUUCUGUGCAUGUGUGACAGAGCCAUGACUGGAGCUGCCUGUACUUCUGUAAAUGUUUAUCAGACACAAACUUCUACUUAAAAAGAUGAGAAGUUCAACUAAACACUGUGCGUCUUCCUCAUGGUAGACAGAACAUCUCCUGUCGGCAGAUGGCUGAGCUGCUGAGUCAUCCUGAGUGGGUUCUAAGACAUUAAGAAAGAUGAGCUGAGAUGAAUCUCCCCUCACACCCCUGGAGAUUCGUUAUUAUACUCCUCUGUUUUUCCAUUGAGCGUUUCCCUCUGCUCCCUGCUGGCUGCCAGCAUUUAAACGUCCAUGGCCACGUGACAGUUGAACCAGCUCCGCCCUUCCUGUUGGGCUCAAACCUGACCGUGUACUGCCACGUCACAGACAUCGUAUCAUGUCACCGGAGUUUCAAAAUAUACCUGGAGCUGAACGAUGAGACUGUGAAUUCUUGGGAGAGAGUCAGCUGCACCUCGAUGAUAUUCAGUCUGUUCAAUGUCUGGAAGCCGCGAUCGAAAGUGAUCUGCAAGCUGAAGACUGAUCAGCUGCCUAAGAUCGUCGAUGGAAAGGACCUUCAUGGCGGGCUCCCUCCAGAUAAACCUGAAAAUAUUACCUGUGAAACGUCACGGAGCUCAGAUUUUAUAGGCUGCUCAUGGGAGAGAGGACAGGAAACGUACCUCCCUACGACCUACAACAUUUCAGUCUACAGAGAAAAUGGGACCCAAAUACUGUCGGAUCAGAUCCAGGACGCUGGAGAAAUCACCAUACAGCGAGCAGCGAUAGACGAAAACACUACAUACCACUUGAAUAUCACCGCUUACAACCACUUAGGAGCAUCACGGUCUGAUCCAUUCGUCCUCUGUGUAAAGGAUAUAGUGAUACCGGAGAGCCCUCGUAUUGUGCAGGUAGAAUUUGGGAAUAACUCAGCGGCUGUGUUGCAAUGGGAAACAGCUGACUCCUCAGAGCAUCUCACAUCUGAUGUCAGGCUCCGCACAGAUAAAGGCUCCUGGGAAGUGAGAGCGGGAACAGAGCUCAGUGGGGGUCUGAUACGAGUUGACGGUCUGAGGCCUCUGACUGAAUAUGAGUUCCAGAUGAGAACAUGUCACUCACCAUCAGGACGCACUAACAUGCCCAGGUUAACCUCCGGCAAAAGAUUGUCUUGCAGCAAAUGGAGCCCAUCCAUCAAAGGGACAAGUCCUGGAAAAGGUCCAUCUCAGCAGUUGCAUGUGUGGAGGAUGUUAGGCGGCACAGUGACAAACCAGCAGCUGGAGGUGACUGUUCUGUGGAAGCCUCCACCUCCAGAGGAUUACAGUGGAGCGUUACAUCAGUACAAGAUCUUUCUAGGUAAUGACCACAAACAGGAAGUGACCUGUCGUGCUGCUUUGAGUCAGUUUUCACUUCCAGUACCAGCCGAGGUCCAGGCACUGAGCAUCAGUGCUGUCACCUCGUAUGGGUCGUCUCCACCGGCUGAGGUGCCACUCAGACACUCAGGUGAUUCUGGACCUGUUCUGAGACAGCUGGUUCCUGCUCCUGCUGACAGAGCUGUGUUUGUCUCCUGGUCGUGGCGAGGGAACAAACACUGGUCGACAUCUGGAGACCUGCUGCUGUACUAUGUGUUAGAAUGGACAAGUGUACCUGCCGCCGCGCUGCAGUGGAAACGAGUGGCUAAAGAUCAAAACAGCACUUCCAUCACAGGUCUGACUGCAGGUGUGAGGUACAACAUCUCUCUGUACGCUGUGACCAGCAGAGGUGUCAGUGCUCCAUCAUCCAGGCUCGUCUACUCUGAAGAGAAGAAGCCUGUGUCUGGUCCCAGUUUGUCAGUACCGGCUCAUGAAGCCAGACAGAUCCACAUCCGCUGGGACGAGCUGCCUGUAGACAAGCGGAGAGGCUUCAUCACAAACUACACCAUCUACCUCCAGACGCUGGACUCCAGCAACACAAAACUCAGCGUGACGGUGUCCGCCGACGGCCCCAGACAGAUGUGGUUGGACUGUCCUGAAGGAGCUCUGGCUGUGCAGCUGACUGCAUCUACCUCAGCAGGAGAAGGGCAGCCGGGGAACCGGGUCUGCUCUCAGCCUGACACCCCUGCAGUCGGCCUGGUGAUUGUGACUGUUAUCGUCCUCGCUCUCUUCGUAGCGAUCAUAGCCAACCUGAUGUGCUGGAGCUGUGUGAGGGAAAGGAUCAAACAAACAUGUAUAUCCUGUGGACCUGCCUGCCUCGAUGAGAAGUUACCAAAACCAGGAAACAGUAAUGCAAUCAGACUGCUGGAGCAGUAUGGAAGUGAACUGUCCUUCUCGUCCACCGACGGCGACCCGCCGCUGUCCCCGAUCAGUUUAGUCUCCCAGGAAGAGAGGGAUGAAAUCUACCCCAACAUCCACGUUGAAAUAUCUCAGGUUGAAUCGGGACAAUCCACAGCGGAGACACCUCUGCUAACGUCACAUCUCCAGACGAUGCUCGUCGACGGACAGCUGGAACACGUCAGCUACAAACCUCAGAUUGCUACGGUGCUUCCACAAGGAGAGGAGGUGAAGGAGGCAGAAGAGGAGCAGAGGGAUGUACCCACUAGUGUGGAAGAAAACGGAUGUGUGUUUAGAGGAUUCCUGGGAGACUUUCUGUCCACUGUGGAGGUGGAUUGCACUGGUCCACCUGUGGGGCUGACUCUCAGCUCUGUUGGCGAACUUUUGUGGACCAAAACACCUGGAACAACAAGUUUCUUGAACAGAGGCUUGUUAGUGGGGGCGAGAGAGACUGAGAACAACGUGGAAGCAGACUCUCCCUCGCUGGAUUUACAGCAGGGUGAAAUAAUGACGACUGACACAGAGGAUACUUGUUUAUCUCAGUAUACAGCUGACACAAUACUGACUGGUGGUUAUUUCCCCCAAGUACCUGCUGUGAGCGACACUGAACUCUGUGACACAUAGAGGUGGCAGGGAUGACGGGAAUGACACAAAGAGGACAAUCUGCACUACUAAACGGAUUUUAUAGAAAGCAUUAUAUUCAAGCACCACCUCAUUUCAAGUGAUGACCUCAGCGAAUUUGUGUAAUCGUAGAAAAUCAUGCUUCAGGUGAUCUGUGAUUAUCACUGUAUCAGGUCUGUUCUGUUCAAGUUACUAAAUGGAUCAAAAAAUGUUUAUACUGAGUUUGAAUGUUUUUCCAGUAAGUGUGUAGCAAUAGUCAUUAUAGUUAUGUUGGCACCACUUUCUAUAAAGACAUACUUUAUAAAGUAA